GCAUGUCUGCACCUCAUCAGUGGCAGUCCCCUACCCCAGCUCACCUCGGGCCCUCAUCCCCUCCAAGUGGUGCGGUCAGUCAAGCCGCUUGGGAUCACAGUGGACGACCAGCUGACAUGGAAGCAGCAUAUCACUGCCACAGUUAGGGUGGCAGCCUACAGACUUUACAUGCUACGCAGACUCAAAUCGCUGGGCACACCAGCAGUGAAGUUAAAAGGGGCAUACCUAACCUUUAUUCUGCCAAGAUUCAUGUAUGCCUCACCAGCCUGGUCCUCCGGUCUCGAUCACCGCCACUCAACGGCAGCAGCUAGAGGAUGUACAAAAAAGGGUAUGCAGGAUCAUCUUUGGCCCUGCCUUCACUAAUUAUGACCACGCCCUGACCACUCUGAAUCUUUCCAGACUGUCUAAUCAAACACCGAGAGGCCCUGAAGAAACUAGGCAUAAGUCUACUAUGUCACCUGUGGUUUCGCCACCUGCUCCCCUGCCACCCUUGCCCUGUCCACACCACACGUCACAACAAUGUCGUCAUGCCCAUAAGGGCCCCUCGCACCGACCGCUAUCAAAACUGCGCGAUACCCGCCAUGGUACAAACCAUAAACCACUAGGCUGGAACAUAAUUAGUACAUGUGGGAAAAGAAUAAUAAGUUUGCAAUAUUAAUGUGUCAGACUACAUAGGAUGUAGGGAAAAAAAUGAAGAGAAAUUUUAAACAAUAAAAUAUUCAAAGUAGGACUGGUAGAUAUGGAAAUAAGUAUUAUGACAAGAUCAUCAUGUUAAUGUAAUACUAUGACAAAUAUUCGACAAAACACAAAGUUAUAAAACUAAAUUUCAGUCAAGAUUCUAGCCACAUUAGGCUUGAGGCAAGCCUUGCUGGUCUGGGUUGCAACUGACAUUGACCCAUUUUCAUGUUGAGAUCAAGUUAUGAGCUAUGAAAGAUCGGAAACUUACGAGAUUACUUACGGCUAGGCUAUCUUGGGUGGCCGCUUCCAUAUAGGCGUAUUUAUAUACGAAUGAAGCUACGUAUACAAGUUUGAUACUAAGAAACAAUUAUUUCCCAUAUAAUAAAUACGAACGUAAUGUUUGGAUGUGAAGUUAUUUAUCAUGAAGUAGUUGAUGCGAUUACCACAUUCUCUUUUUAGCAUAAAAUGCUGCGCCGCUCCAAUGCUCAGUAGGCAAGUUAGACCUGUAAAAUGUGUUUCGAGGCCGAAAAAAAAAAAAAAAAAAAAAUCACACAAGAGGGUGUUUGUGAUCACAUUAUAGAACAUAGACAUAGUGUCUAGUAAGUAUUCAAGUAUUGUAAUGUUCUAUAAAGAUACGGUACAUCCACUAUCAACAUCACAUAGAAACCACAAUUUUCUCUACAAUCUCCCGUCGGUGCAGUCUCUCGCAAUUCCAUAGUCACCACAGUUCUUCACAGAGACACAGGAAUGCCGAUCAGUCAUGAGUUCAAAGUAAUAGGGAGUGGAAUGCACUGGUGGGGCCAGGUUAACUUGGUGUUGGUCACAAUAACAACGUUACAGGGGAACGCCAAGAUGACCAUCACUACCACCACUGCCGCCGAGAUGUUCCGCGCUCUGCGUUGGCCCAACGCCACGGUGCCUGUGGAAGUGUCGGAAGGAGUCCUCACCUCUUCCAACGUGCAUGACCUAUACGCAGCCAUGCAUCACCUUAACAACCUCACGUGCCUAAGGUUCGUCAAUGCGACGCAACACCAGUACCGCGUGCUGGUGGUGUCUUCGACAGGUUGUGGCAGCCUCGUUGGGUAUGUGGGAGUGGGAGAGUAUCAGAAGUUAUUCCUGGGCGCUUCAUGCUUCUUAAAGAGGGGCAUCGUACUACAUGAACUGCUACACGUAGCCGGUCUCUUUCAUGAGCAUACGCGCCCAGACCGUGAUCAGUACGUGCGAGUGGUUUGGACCAACAUCCAUAAGGAUAAACAUAAGAACUUUGCUGUGCCACCGUGGAUGAAGAGUAGCCCUGGUCUCGUAACGUUCGGGCUUCCAUACGACUUUGGGAGCUUGCUUCAUUACGGUCUCAAAGUGUUUACAAUGGAUCAAGAACGACCAAGCAUGGUGCUGCAACGACCUCAUGAGUACACGGGGCUCGUGGGCCAGAGGGAUGCACCUUCAAGGACUGAUGUAGCCCGCGUGAAUCGCCUUUAUGAGUGUUGGAACCACUACCUGGGUGAUGAUCUGCCUGGAGCCAAGACCUACCUCGUCUGGCAUGCUGCAACACUCAACCUCGAGGUCUCUCACUCCCACACCUCGGACAAAGAAAUCUGAGGAGCCAGUCAGGGAUGUUUGAGUUAAAUUUCUGUAGUGCAAGUUGCAUACUUAUGAAUAUUUUUUUUAUUGCAAUGUGGUGUUUGCAUAUUUUUUUUUCCUUAAAAAUAAACAUAACGAUAGUAAAAAUGUGUUUUCUCUGCUUUGACAUGACAUUAUUGUAAGGCACGCCACCGGCAUAACUGAUUGCUAAAACCAGCAUUAACCACAUGCCAAUAGGCUUACCAUCUACACACACACACACACACCCAAGAGAGAGAGAGAGAGAGAGAGAGAGAGAGAGAGAGAGAGAGAGAGAGAGAGAGAGAGAGCUGGUAAUCGUGACUUACGUGUAUUGAAAAUUUGUGGUUUUGCGUUUUGGGAACAAUUUUCACAUUCACAAUAUUACUUGCUGAUGUUUCUUGACUAAGACACGAAGCUGCUGUCAUGAUAACAUUCAAUCUUUCAUCUUAAUGUAUGUCACAUUUAUAAAAUAUCGGAAAAGAAAAAAAAGGUCUCAUAAAGUGACUCAAAAUAUAUAAAAACCAAAGCUGAACUUUCGAAGACGAGUAAAUAUGAUCAUCUGAAUUUUCUUGAUUGGAAAAAAUAUUGAUUCAGCAAAAAAAAAAAAAAAA